UCGAUCAAGCAUGUGCUUAGCUUGCCGAAGCAAUACAGCGACAUCCUGGUGAUUGGAAACUCGAUGAAGUUUGCUCCGGAUGUCUUGGAUUUCUUCUACGCCUCCGCUCCUCUCCUGCAGCUCGACCGGUCUCUCUGGUGCGUCUCGGCGUUCAAUGAGAAUGGCCUCUCUCACUUCCACUGGGACGAGUGGCGGCUCCUGCGCGACUCCUUCUACUCGGGCGUGAUGUCGCUGAUGAGCCGGGACGCAUGGAAGGAAGUG